CCCUUCCAUCUCUCUCUCUCUCUCUCUCUCUCUCUCUCUCUCUCCAUCGCAGCCCUGAAAAUCGGCAGCACUCUGCAAUUGAAGAAUUUCAUUACUUCAACAUGUCUGUGCCAAAUGAUGACAAUAUGUCUCUCCACUCUCAAUUGUCAUCUCACGUUUUUGGCGACCUUUUGGACUCCAUUCUUGUGGAUGUUGCAUCUGAAUGCCACCGAAUAGCUAGGCUGGGACUUGAUCGGAAUUUGGAAGAAGAAGAAGAAGAGUUGAGGCUCUCAGCACAGGCUCGGGUAAGGGUUGCAGAUCCUAGCAACAGUGGGGAGGCAAAUGGCAAGUAUGUGGUAGAUAUAUUUGGCCAAACACAUCCAACCAUUGCUGAGGAAAUCAUUUUCUGCAUGAAUUGUGACCGGCAAAUCAUAGCUGGAAGAUUCGCGCCUCAUCUUGAGAAGUGCAUGGGAAAGGGUCGAAAGGCUCGCAAGUCAACAAGAAGCAGUACAGUUACUCAGAGUACCCGACAUUCUCGUGGCAGCCCCGUUUCUGUCUACGCCCCAUAUUCAAAUUCGUCCAGCAUAAACAAGGUUGCGAAUGGAACAGCGGGUGUUGCUGGGGAGUAUGCUGAUGGCACUUUUGAUGAUCCAUGAACUUGAAGGGAACAUUGCUUUUUAACUUUCAAUGACAAAUUUCAAAGGAAAAGGAAAAAACCAAAAAAUGGAGAAAAAGAAAAUGAAAGAAUGGUUUUCGGAAUGAGUAUGUGAUGGUGCCACGCAAGUCAGCUCUAUGUUUCAAAGAAGCUAUAAGAGGUACAUGAAUGGUUAAAUUCUGUUCUGAAUUUGUCCUAUCAUCUUCCUGUUCAAGCAAGUACGACCUCUGUUUUAUCAACUACUUGUCCCUGAGAAGAGAAUGAAUGAAGAAACAUUACCAAUGAUGGGGAUGGAAUAGGAGCCCAUCUUCUCCUGCAAAGAGAACUGCUGUCAUUAUUGCCGUUGUUCCCAUCAUCAUCAUCAU